UUGAGUGCGGCCAAAAACCCAAAUGGUUCUUUCACUAAAAAAGCAAAUAACACCUCAUGCCCCACAAACAAGCAAGCUCUUCCAAGAGUCUUUUGUCUCUAACACAAUACUAAAACGCACCUCUCUCUCUCUAAACAACCCUAUAAAAGAGCCGCUUCCAUUUCUAUUCCUCGCCUCAUCGCCUGUCGUUUUGUUGCAUUGGGAUAAAAACCAUACAUGUCAUCUCGUUCUUUAAGAAAAGCCUAAACAAAUGGAUCAUUGUGGCUUUAUCUGCGCUUGAGUCUCUACGUUUUAAGGAUAAAUGUAGAGCUUCCCAUCUCAUUUCCAUGUCCGUUUUGAUAUUUUUCAGAAAACAGUCACUGGGUUCUUUGUAAUACACCCUGUUUUCUAUUCUUCUUGGCUAAAUCUGGUGGGUUGUUGAUAAAAUAUUUUGAAAGACCCCAUUUGAUCAGUAUAAGGAAAGAAAGAUUGUGGGUAGUAGUGCUGUUUCUCCUGCAAGGAGACAUUGGUGUUUUCUUUACCUUUUCAUUUUUCAUCCUUUUGUUCAGGGUAUCUCCACUAUUGUUGAUCAUGGAGGGGGAAACAUCAUGGAUCACUGACUGCUUUGAUGACAUUGGGCAGAGAUUUACAGAUAUUUCAGAGUUUGAGUCAUUCUCAGAAAUCAGCGAUGACGGCAAUAAUGUAAACCCAGUGGUUUCCAUAGAUUUUAUUCUUCCUGAUGACUUAUUGGAACGAAUCCUUGCCUAUCUCCCUAUUGCAAGCAUCUUUAGAGCAGGUUGUGUGUGUAAAAGAUGGAAUGAGAUUGUGAAUUCCAGAAGGUUAAAUGUUUUAACCCAGAAACCGUGGUACUUCAUGUUUACCAGCUCUGAUGAACCAAUAGGGUAUGCCUAUGAUCCAGUCCUCCGGAAAUGGUAUGGUUUGGAGCUCCCCCGCAUUGAGACGUCUAACUGGUUCAUUGCUUCUUCUUGUGGGUUGAUCUGCUUCAUGGACAAUGAGAGUAAAAGCCAGCUAUUUGUCUGUAACCCUAUUACGAAAGAUUAUAAGAGGCUUGAUGAGCCUUCGGAUUUGAAACAUUCCGACUACAGUGCUCUUGCAAUCUCAGUUAACAGGGUGACUCACAGUUACAUUGUUGCGAUUGCAAAAUCCAAGCAGGUUCCUGGUAAUUUCUUACAGUGGGAUAUUUCUAUCGAUGUUUACGACUCAGAAACAAUGACAUGGGUGACUUCUGCUAGAGACGUUUUGAUGGGGUGGAGAGGAGGCGAUGAGAGUGUGAUCUGUGAUGGGGUUCUGUAUUUCUUGAUUUACUCAACUGGAGGUGGCAUGGGUUGGCUUGACCGUCAUGGCCUGAUUAUGUAUGAUCUCUCUAGCCGAUCUCCCCAUGGUAUGCUAGAGCGUAUUCUUGUGCCCUGCUCUCUCACCUGUGGCCGCCUGAUGAACCUUAAGGAUAAGUUGGUGAUGGUAGGUGGGAUCGGGAAACCAGACCGACCAGACAUAAUAAAGGGGAUCGGCAUUUGGACUCUCAAUGGAAAAGAGUGGCAAGAGGUUUCAAGGAUGCCCCACAAGUUCUUUCAAGGAUUUGGGGAGUUUGAUGAUGUCUUUACUAGUAGCGGAACUGAUGAUCUCAUUUAUAUCCAGAGUUAUGGAGCACCAGCUCUUCUUGUGUUUGAUAUGAACCAGAAGCAAUGGAAGUGGUCACAGAAGUGCCCUGUGACAAAGAGGUUCCCACUUCAGCUCUUCACUGGUUUUUGCUUUGAACCAAGGCUUGAAGUUGCUCCAUGACUCUCUAGGCCUGUUCUCUUUUCUUUUCUUUUUCUUUUUCUUUUUUUUUUUUUUUUUUUUUUUUUUUAAUAUUUAAUCCAAUGGUAACUGAUAUUUUGAUGUUCCACAUUAUUAGUUAUUUUGAAAUUGAAGCCACUGGAAAAGUUUACAGAAAAUGAACUUGUUGCUUAUUCAUGAAUCAUAAAUUGUAUUCUUUGCUUUUAGAGGUAUCUUGGGAAGAGUUAUCAAGAGUUGUGACCUUGUACAAGUGCUCUGGUCUUUGGUUUUACCACUGCACACCAAAAAAUGAAAGAAUUCUAGUUUUAUAUUGAAGUC